GCCAGGGUGGCAGAGAGGAGCUUCCCUGCAAGGUGCAUGCAGCCGGUGGCCAGAGGGGGCAGAGUGCGGUCCCCUGCAGUGCCUUUCUGCCCGUGCAGCCAUCCAUCUGGUGCGGUUGGAGGGUGCAAGCUGUUUGGGAGGGGCAUGUUCUGAUGCAGCAGCAGCACAGAAUAACAAGUCUCGCACGGCGUGCACACUGCGAUCUCCUCUGCUGCAGCGGCCUCGUUUACCGUCAGCAGCCGCAGGCUUCACACCGAGGACUACGCGUUAAAGGGCAGCACACGGGGCUCCGCACACCUGCCCGCCGCCGCCGCCGCCGCUGCAUUCGAUCCCUGCCACUCCCGGCUCUGCUCCCCGAGAAUGCUGCUGUGCUCAGGGUCAGGCAGCGCUCCCCGCCUCUGCUAAGGCAGCGGCAGUAUGGAUGGUGCUGAUCCCAUCAGUCCACUGCGGAUAGGCAUGCUGAGCGAUCCUGCUGUCAAUGGGCGAGGACGUGGAUACGCGAAAAAUUAACCACAGCUUUCUCAGGGACCACAACUAUGUGACUGAAGGUUGCCUUGACAUCAUAACAACAAGCAAUGCUGAUAUCAUUUCUACAGUUGAGUUUAACCACACAGGAGAACUGUUGGCUACUGGAGACAAGGGGGGACGAGUUGUUAUAUUCCAAAGGGAACCUGAGACUAAGAAUGAACCUUGCAAUCAGGGCGAAUACAAUGUUUACAGCACUUUCCAGAGCCACGAGCCGGAAUUUGAUUAUCUAAAAAGCUUGGAAAUAGAGGAAAAAAUUAACAAGAUUAAAUGGCUCCCCCAGCAGAAUGCUGCCCACUCCCUUCUGUCGACAAACGAUAAAACAAUCAAACUAUGGAAAAUCAGUGAGCGUGACAAGAGGCCAGAAGGAUAUAACUUAAAAGAUGAAGAAGGCAAGUUGAAAGAUUUGUCCACAGUAACCUCACUACAGGUGCCUGUGUUGAAGCCUAUGGAUUUAAUGGUAGAAGUUAGCCCACGGAGGAUAUUUUCUAACGGUCACACCUACCAUGUCAACUCCAUUUCCGUCAACAGUGACUGCGAGACGUACAUGUCGGCAGAUGAUCUCAGGAUUAACCUGUGGCACCUGGCAAUCACAGACAGGAGCUUCAAUAUUGUGGAUAUUAAACCUGCAAACAUGGAAGACCUGACUGAAGUGAUCACGGCCGCUGAAUUUCAUCCUUAUCAUUGCAAUCUGUUCGUUUACAGCAGCAGCAAAGGAUCGCUGCGUCUGUGCGACAUGAGAGCGUCUGCGCUGUGCGACAAGCAUUGUAAACUUUAUGAAGAACCAGAAGAUCCAAGCAACAGAUCAUUUUUUUCGGAAAUCAUCUCUUCGGUUUCAGAUGUGAAGUUCAGCCACAGCGGCCGUUACAUGCUGACGCGGGAUUACCUCACCGUCAAAGUUUGGGACCUAAACAUGGAAACCAAGCCCAUUGAAACAUACCAGGUUCAUGAUUACCUUAGAAGCAAGCUGUGUUCACUUUACGAGAAUGACUGCAUCUUCGACAAGUUUGAAUGUGCCUGGAAUGGGUCAGACAGUGUCAUUAUGACUGGCGCGUACAACAAUUUCUUCCGUAUGUUUGACCGGAAUACGAAACGAGAUGUCACUCUCGAAGCCUCCAGAGAAAGCAGUAAGCCACGGGCAGUCCUUAAACCCCGUAGGGUGUGUGUAGGUGGUAAAAGAAGAAAGGAUGACAUUAGCGUAGACAGCUUGGACUUUACCAAGAAGAUCUUACACACGGCCUGGCACCCGACUGAGAACAUCAUUGCAAUCGCUGCCACAAACAAUCUGUAUAUAUUUCAGGAUAAAGUGAACUCGGACAUGCACUAGGAAUUCCCUUCGUUCUUCUCUAACGCCUAACCAGCCUUUCCAAAGGUAUCAGGUACGGAUUACCUUUGUCGGAAAGUCUUCUUGGUGGCGGAGUCGAUUGUUCUACUUUUCUUUAACUUCUUGCAAUUUUACAGUUUUAAGUCCUCAGAAGUAAAGGACUUCUUCCUUCCUCAUUAUGUAUAGAAGAUAUUGUUUCUUUAAGGAUUUAUUUCUGUUCACAAAUAUUGCUUUGAUAUUUACUCAGUAUAGGUUGGACUCCUCUUUGUAUACUGGAGAGGUUCUGGGAUUUUUCUCUGAAAUGUCACUUUAUUUGGAUCCCUGUUAUCCACUUUAGGUUAAUGGCUUUGUUCAUAUAUUAUUUUGGGUUUUCAUUUUUUUUUUUUUUUUUGCAAUAAUGUUGGUUCUAAUCAAGCUAGUAACUGCUAUAUUUCCACUAUAUGGGUAACAAGUUGGAGAAAUGGAAAUAUUAAAACCAAAAUGACUAAUAAUUAAUGACUCAUGAUAGCUUACAGUUAAUUUAUUGACUCAUGCGCCACUGCCUGUGUAUAACUUAGAAUUCACUUUACAUCUAUUGAGUCAUAUUCCUAUGCCUGAGCAUUUUAUGACAUCAUUCCAUUUGCGCAUGCAUGACCCAUAUUUAAAGCACAUAUAGUACUUAACAUGUAGUAACAUAUACAUAAGAUAAAAGCAGCAUUUUUUUCUGAGAAGGCUUGUUAAUGAGUGUCAUCAAGGGAAGAAAUCAUAACCAUAAGUGCAUGUGUGCAUUUCAAUGCUGAGUUUACAAUAAUCUUCUUCUCUGCCUACAAAAAAAUCCUAAAAUGAAUGAUUAUUGUAUAAAAAAAAAAUCUUAUUUUAUUUCUCAGCCAGAAGCUGUACUCAGUCCUUGACAGCAAAAAAUAAGUAAAAUAUCAAGAACAUAUAAAAAUACUAACUAGGUGAUGUAUGUACAAAUGUAUGUUUUGUCAUUACGUCCAGAAAAAACACUGAUAACAUCGGGUACUGGUAAUUAUUUUUUAUCAUUCUUUCUUUCUUUUUUUUUUUUUUGUAACUACAAACGGAAAAAUAAAAUAAAAUUAUCACUAUAUGUCAAUAUUUAUUUACUGCUGUUCAGGAAAAUAGAUUGUACAUGCUGGAUUUAAAUGUAUGUAAGGAUAAAUGUUAAGAAACAAUAAUGGAUAAAUUAUCUUAUUUUGAAAUUUUUUAUAAUGAAUCAUGUAAUAAGUAGCCGUUCUGCAUGCUUUGAUUACCGAGAAAAAAAAUAUUUUUCUUUUCAAAGCUGCAGUUCUAUUUUGUGCAAAAACUAGAUUUUUUUAUAUAUAAAUAUAUAUUGAUUAUGUUUUUAAUUUCCAUUAUUUUUUGCAAUGUGAAUACCAGUAUUUUUGUUUUGUUUUGGUUUUGGUUGUGGAAAAAUGAAUGGCUUUUUUUGUGUAUUAAAAGCAAGUGCUAAGCUUAGCAUCAGUAAGAUCAGAGUGGGGGGGGGUUUAUUGGAAAGAAUAGGUAGUUGAAGCAAGUCUUGAAAUGGAAUGUGGGAGGAGAGAUGGGUGUGGUUAAAGGGGCAUGGCUAUGUCUAAUAGCUGUUAUUUCUGCCCAAGCCACGCCCAUUCCCUCAAGUCCCUCCUACGUGUGCAUGUACACAUCUCUUUCUUACAAUGAAGGAUUUACUGAAUUUUACUCUCCAUGCCGCUGUCUAUGCAGGUUAUUACAUGGAUGGACAACCACAUAUGCACAUCAGUACAAUAUGAUGUCAAAAAACAGUAAAAAAAACAAAAAAAAAUCUGUUUACAAUGAAAAUCUUUACAGAAAACCGGUUAUUAGAGCGAGAGAUCAAAUAGUAAAAUAGAGAGUUUUCUUUGUUUUUUUUGUCAUUGUCCAUUAAGAACACGAACAUAUAGUACAACGAUCCUACUAAAUAUGCAUGUUUUUAUAUUUUAGCUGGAAAGCGUAAGCUGCUUUCAAAUGCAAAGCGGAAACUCGCGCUGUUUUUAUAUGACGCAGAUCUUUGAAAAUGAUACGAGCAAAACGUACAUUGCGACUUUUUUCUAGACUCGCUGUAAAUACGUGUGAAGCACAAUACGCAUGUGCAUCGGGUUUCAGCCAUACUGCACACGUUAUCAGGCGUGUCAGCUUCUUUUCAAGGAAAUGAGGAAUGUCUGUUUAUACAGUAUAAUCAAAUCAUUGUCAACAAUAUUAUAUAUGUACAUAUUUACUAUAAGAAAUGUAAGCUUUCUUUUCUGUAAGAAGCAAACACUAUUAAACAUUAAAAAAUGUAUUGACUGAAA